AUGUAUGCAGAUUCUGGUUUAAUGCUCCGUUACAUGCAGAAUUGUCCCCCAGAUAUUCACCAAUUCGAAGACCUCUUCAAAUCAUACAAACUCUCCGAUGAAAUGAACAACAACAACAACAGUUUUGUUGAGUCAUCAUCAUCAAACAUACCUGAGUAUGAUAUUGGAGAAGAAGGAGAUUUAUUUAAAGCUCCUGAUCCAGUUCUUGAAGAACCAAUCUUAGCCGUUGAUCCACUCUCAGCUGCUUUGACCAUGAUCUCUUGCGUUGAAGACACUUCACAAGGGCUUUGUGAGCUUCCCGAUCUCGAUCUCGGGUCGUUGCAGAGUGGUCAACAGCUUUUGGACAAAGCCUUUUAUGAAUGUGAGCAAGAUCUCAUGAUGAAAUCAGCCAUGGAGUCUCCAUUCUCUGAUGUUUUAGACAUCAAGAGCAUCUCUGUGGUGACUACGACUAUCGAUGAGAACCAGGAGUUGCAGAAGAGCGUAAGCUCGGGGAAUUUGAGCUCUAUGGAUUGGUCACAGGCUCAGCAAGAGACUGUUGUCAUUCAGAAUUUCCCUGAGUUUGCUCCCAUGGAUUUUAGUUCUGUUUACGGGAUGCGAAGAGCCUUUAGCGAAGGCGACAUUCAGAAACUCGGGACAGGUCCAUCUCCAUUGGAUAGGAUUAUUGUGAGCUGUACUUCAGAGGAUCGUCGUGAGAAGCUUUCUCGAUACAGGAACAAGAAGAGCAGGCGAAAUUUCGGGCGUAAAAUCAAGUAUGCUUGUAGGAAAGCUCUUGCGGAUAGCCAACCGAGGAUCCGCGGAAGGUUUGCGAAAACCGAUGAGAGGAAAUAG